AUUUUAUGACUCCAUGUCAAAGUGUGCACUUGUUUGUAGUAGGUGCAGUGGUGUAGUGCGUGGGUAAAACUUUCACUGUUUUUCGUGGGAAAAUAAAUUUUAAACAAUUUUCAUUUAAAAAUGGAAAUUGCUAACGCUGUUGGGACUACCCCAGGAGUAGUACGCAAUCCGAGAAUUAUGGAGGGUGUCGGUGCUCGAGUCAUUCGAGGACCAGACUGGAAAUGGGGAAAGCAGGAUGGAGGAGAAGGGCAUGUUGGUACAGUAAGAAAUUUUGAAUCUCCUGAUGAAGUUGUUGUAGUCUGGGACAAUGGAACAGCUGCUAAUUAUCGUUGUUCAGGGCAGUAUGAUCUAAGGAUAUUAGACAGUGCCCCAACAGGGGUCAAACAUGAAGGAACAAUGUGCGACACCUGCAGACAGCAGCCCAUUUUUGGCAUUCGAUGGAAAUGUGCUGAAUGCGGAAACUACGACUUAUGUUCUGUUUGUUAUCAUGGUGACAAACAUCAGCUGAGACACAGAUUCUAUCGUAUAACCACUCCAGGUAGUGAACGUGUUUAUUUGGAAACUCGUAGGAAAACCAAGAAGAUUGCUAUUCGUGGUAUAUUCCCAGGUGCUCGAGUGGUACGAGGGGUUGACUGGCAGUGGGAAGAUCAAGAUGGAGGAAAUGGUCGUCGUGGAAAGGUUCAAGAAAUCCAAGAUUGGUCAGCCGCUAGUCCUAGAUCAGCUGCUUACAUUGUUUGGGAUAACGGCUCCAAAAAUUUGUAUAGAGUAGGUUUUGAAGGAAUGGCAGAUCUGAAAGUAGUAAAUGAUGCAAAAGGUCAAAAUGUUUAUCGUGAUCACCUUCCUUGUCUAGGAGAACACGGACAUGGAAGGAAUGUCCCACCUGGAUUAAAGAUUGGAGAUCAGGUGAAUGUUGAUUUAGAAUUGGAAAUAGUUCAGUCCUUACAACAUGGACACGGUGGAUGGACUGACGGAAUGUUUGAAUGUUUAAAUAGCAUUGGUACAGUAGUAGGAAUUGAUGAAGAUCAUGAUAUUGUUGUUGCAUAUACCAGUGGAAACAGAUGGACUUUUAAUCCCGCCGUGUUGACUAAAGUUGCAACUCCGACGAAUUCCGGAGGUUUUAACGAAACACCACAGCAGCAGUUUGCAGUGGGAGAUGUAGUUCAAAUUUGUUCCGAUAUGGAAAGAGUAAAAAUGUUACAAAGAGGUCAUGGCGAUUGGGCUGACGGAAUGGCAGCUACUUUAGGCAAAGUCGGCCACAUCCAACAAAUUUACAAUGACAACGAUCUCAAAGUAGAAGUUUGCAAUACGACUUGGACUUACAAUCCCCUAGCUGUGACUAAACUAGCCAGCAAAGAUGGUACCAUGCACGGAACAACUUCCGGAGAACGAUUGAGUGCUUUAUUAAAAAAAUUAUUUGAAACCCACGUUUCUGGAGAUGUGAACGAAGAGUUAGUUAAAUCUGCUGCUAACGGCGAUUCGCAAAAAUGCGAGGAAGUCUUGAAACAGAGCAAUACAGCCGGAGCGGGAAUAGGUCCAGAUGUUAACGGGGUUUUCGCUGGCCAUACCGCUCUACAAGCCGCAAGUCAAAACGGUCAUUUGGAAGUUAUUUCGGUAUUACUUCGUUACCAUGCAGACGUCGAAAUUGAAGAUAAAGAUGGCGACCGCGCCGUCCAUCACGCCGCGUUCGGUGACGAACCAGCCGUUGUUCAACUUUUAGCACACGCCGGUGCCGAUUUAAAUGCGCGUAAUAAACGUAGACAAACGGCUCUACAUAUCGGUGUGAAUAAAGGACACAUAGGUGUUGUGAAAAUGUUGCUGGAUUUGCAGUGUCAUCCUAGUUUACAGGAUCUCGAAGGUGAUACCCCGUUACACGACGCCAUUUCGAAGAAACGUGACGACAUGUUAACCCUUUUACUGGAUCACAAUGCCGACAUAACGUUAACGAACAACAAUGGAUUCAAUGCUUUACAUCAUGCUGCUCUUAGAGGAAAUCCAAGUGCUAUGAAAAUAUUGCUAGCAAAAUUACCAAGACCAUGGAUUGUGGAUGAAAAAAAAGACGACGGAUACACUGCUCUCCAUUUAGCAGCUCUAAAUAAUCAUGUGGAAGUAGCCGAACAAUUAGUUUUGAGCGGAAAAGCCAACAUGGAUCUUCAGAAUGUCAAUUUACAAACUGCACUUCAUCUCGCCGUUGAAAGACAACACACUCAGAUUGUUAGGCUGUUGGUAAGGGAAGGUGCUAAUUUAAAUAUAGCCGACAAGGACGGAGAUACCCCGCUACAUGAGGCGUUACGUCAUCAUACUCUCUCUCAACUGCGUCAACUUCAAGACGUACAAGAUGUAGGAAAGCUCCUUAUGGGAUUAGGGACACAGGGAUCCGACAAAAAGUCAUCUGCGAGUAUUGCUUGUUUCUUGGCAGGCAACGGAGCUGAUUUAACCAUCAAGAACAAAAAAGGUCAAACGCCCUUAGACCUCUGCCCCGAUCCAAAUCUCUGCAAAACUUUAACCAAAUGUCACAAAGAAAAACAAAGUGGAGAAAUGGAAAUGGGAUCCCAUCAAAACAUCCAAAACUCUAACGUGAACUCUACGUUAGAAGAAUGUUUGGUUUGUUCUGAUGCUAAGAGAGACAUAUUAUUCCAACCGUGUGGUCAUGUGACUUGCUGUUCCGCAUGCGCACCGAGAGUCAAGAAAUGUCUCAUUUGUAGGGAAUCUGUGAGCACUAGAACUAAGAUUGAAGAAUGUCUUGUUUGUUCCGAUAAGAAAUCUUCAGUUUUGUUCAAACCUUGCAAUCACAUGUGUGCGUGCGAAAGCUGUUCUCAAAUUAUGAAGAAAUGCGUCACUUGCCGCGCCCAGAUCGAGCAAAUGGUACCAAUUUCGGUAUGUGCUGGCGGAUUAGGUACUAUUUCUGAAGUUGAAGCUGACGUAGAAGAAGAAAUAAAACCAUCAACUAGUGAAACGCCUAUAGUUCAAGGGCCUAUUAUGAAUAACGGAGGCAGGGAUACUACUGGCACAAACGAUAUACAGAAAUUACAACAACAAUUGCAGGAUAUUAAAGAACAGACAAUGUGUCCAGUAUGCCUCGACAGACUGAAGAACAUGAUCUUCCUUUGCGGUCACGGACUUUGUCAAAUGUGUGGUGAUCAAAUGGCUGAGUGUCCAAUAUGCAGAAAAGCUGUUGAAAAACGGAUUCUUCUCUAUUGAGUUGCAUCAUUAACUAAUCUGAAAA